UAACAUCAGUAUUUUAAAAUAAACAAAAAAAAGACGGCCAACUACCCUUAUCUUUUUAAACUUAAAUAAUGUCUCUGGAAUUUACGAAUUUUCAACUAAUUUUUCUCAUUUUAAGAAAAAAAAGAAAAAGAAAAAAAAAAUCUGAAGAACAAUACGGCCAUGAAUAGUCUCAGCAAUUGCACAGCGCCACCGUGUUUCUUCAACCACCGUAAAACCGGCCGUCUUCACUCGAACCGCCGCCGGAUCGGCGAUGGCCACAUCCAGUUACUGUUCACCGACAACCGGAUAUUGUCCCGGUCGAUUGGCUCUCCGCUACUUCGCCGCCGCUCUUGCAUCAGAGCCAUGGCCAGUCAGAUCAAGGAGGCGGAAAAUGGUGCGCCGGCGGCGGCGCAGAACGCAAUUCCGGUGAGAAUAGUAGCUCUGGUUGGGGAAGGUAGCGUCAGCCCUCUCAAAUCCACACCUUGGUAUGACGUCAUGCUCCACACUGCGAAAAAAUUGAAAUAUGUGGAUGAAGAGUACGAAAUGGUGGUAUACACCGAUAAUUCCUGUCGAGCCAAUGACGAGGCGACACGUCAGCUCAAGACAUCACUAAGCCGAUCAGACGUUCUGAUAAUCAUUGCUGUCACAAAUCAAGAAUCGGCGCAGUGGAUUCAAACCAAUUCCCAAACCACACCAAACAUCAUAUGCUUCGACUCAUCUCCAACCUUAACAAACAAACUAGGCGGUUCCCUUGUCCAAACAAAACCCUCCAUCGAGAGCUUAUUCACGAAACUGCCACUGCCUCAGUUCGAGAAGCUAAAGGAAUCGAAGCAAGUAGUCGGAUCUGUAUUAGAGGCGUGGGACAGACAAAACUCUGACGACAUAAAGUUCUGUUUGUUGGUAAUAGUAAACGCUUACAUAAAACCUGUUCCGGUUCUUCAAAACCUCAGAGCAAAGGGCUUCUCCACAUUGGAAUGCAUGGCGAAAAAUUGUGGGCCCCAAAUAAUAAACUGUCUAUUGGAUCCGAAUUGUAGGAAAGCUCUUCAAUGUCUGAACAAGUGUAGCCCCAUCGAUCAGGUAUGCAACUAUCAAUGCAUCGCCUCUUAUGAGAGCCCGCAGCUCGAAGAAUUCUCCCUAUGCGUCCUCCAGAAGCACAACUGCCUUGAUCUCGACGCAAAGAUUCCCAAUCUGCCACGUGUCACCCCGUUGGCCAGCUUUCGAGGAGAGCCGUUGGAUCAAGAAACCGCCGAAGAUCUCUUCAUCGGAUGGCUGGGGAUUAAUAAUUCCGAUUGGAGCUGGCGAGUAGUAGCAGGUCAAAACCCGGCUUACGAUCAGUUCCCGUGCCAGUACCAGCUCUUCUACAGAGGCAAAGCAAAGGGCUCGUUUUGGUACGAGCCCGUUUUUCAAGUAAAAACAAUCGAGGGAGAUUUGGUGUGGAGGAGAAGGAAAUACCGUGUGAAACGAGGAAAAGCUUCCGGAACAUUCCAUUUUAGUGUGUUGGAUAACGGGGUUGUUUCGAACGAGUUUUGGACGAUUGUUGAUGUUUGCGAUGAUUUGAGUUGGGGUUUGUUUCAUUACCACGGGGCUGCCAGGGUGGCGGGCCAGUCUUACACGGGGGCCGUUCUUGUGAGCCUGAACGGGCUUUAUCCGGACGAGAGCCAGAGGGAUAGAUUGAUAGCUGCGUUGGAUAAAUGUGGGAUUAAGGAGUGGGAAUUGUUUGAUGUUGACAAUUGUUCUUGCCUGAAUCCACCUUUGGGUCUGCCUGAGGGUUCGAGUUUGCAUUAUAAGAUUAAAGUUGAAGAGAAUGUCUGAAAAAAAAUAUGAUGACGUGGUAUUGUGGAAGACAGGUGCGAUUUUGUAUAUGUUGAUACGCCUUCGUAUAUAUUGAUGAUGUCGUUUUUUUAUACGUAUUGUUGUGUGUAUUGAUAAUUUUACAAUACGAGAUGAAAUUUCCAGAUUCCGCGAAGCAAUCAGAUGUCGGAACAACAUUUUUCAUUCCGAAUGCUAAAAGUUCCGAUUUCUGA